AUGGCAAAAGAGGCGAGAAUGAAGCAGAAGCGGUCGGAUCUGCAAGGAAUCCGAGGGAUCGCCAUCAUCUCGGUGUUGGGAUUCCAUUUCUAUCCCUCAAUAUUCCCCAAUGGAUACCUCGGAGUUGAUCAAUUCUUUGUAUUAUCCGGCUUCCUGAUGUGUAUGCUUCUGAAGAGGUCCGAAUCCGAUCCAAUCUUCACACUGAUCCUCAAUUUCUACACAAAACGAUUCCGACGCAUUCUUCCCCUAUAUUAUCUCAUUAUUUUAUUUAUUCUCAUACUACUUUAUAUGAUAUUUCCGGAAACCGCCGUCGAGAAUAAUUUGAAUUCGGCCUCAAAUGCAAUUCUUUUCAUUUCAAAUCGCCCAAAAUCCGACGAAGAAGACUAUUUUCAACAAUUAGGAAUUGGUGGCGAUUUGUUCACCCACACAUGGUCAUUAUCAGUGGAAAUUCAAUUCUACUUCAUUGUUCCAAUAAUAUUCAUUUUGGGAACAUAUUUAUCGAGCCAUUUAAUAUAUUACGCAAUUAUCGGUUCGAUUAGUUUCGUCUAUUACACGAUAUCCGAUGAUUCGGUCUCGUUCAAUAGUGUGUUCGCAAGAAUCUGGCAAUUCCUCAUCGGAAUGUGCGUCUAUUUGUACACAGACAGAAAACCGCUCGCAAUCCCCACCGAAGAUGAAUCCGAAGAAUUAAUAUUGAAAGAAGACGAGGAAGAGAUUUCCCCAAAAAGAGCAAAGUCCCAAAAUUCGGCAUUUUACCAAUAUAUUCUACUACUAACUAUGACAUAUCUAACAACAUAUCCUAUUUUAAUACCUGCUGAUUUCACAAGACUUAUUGUCACUGUAUGUACAGGGCUUCUCAUGUGCGUAUCCGAAGGGAAUGCAGUGCUUUCGAAUCGAUUCUUGACCUAUAUUGGAGAUUUUUCAUAUUCGUUGUAUCUCAUUCAUUGGCCAAUUUUCACUUUUUGGAAACUUCAACUCGACAAUGAUCAAUCUGCUUUGCUCUUCUGUCUUCUAAUAUCAAUUUUAUUCGCAAUUGCCUCAUUUGAAUUCUUUGAAAAAUGGUAUCUGAAAUUGACGUCAACUACGAUAUUCGCAAUGGUUAUUAUUUUGCUCUUCGCGAAUGUGCUCCUGAUUCACAAGAACAGCAUAGCGGAACAUUCAAUUCAAAAAGGGACCAUCGAGAGAAACAAGACGCAAUUCGAGGAUAUUCCGGAUAAUAUCACACUCGACGAAGCUGCAAAAAUCAAUUAUAUGUGGACAGCGAAUGACAAUCGAAAUUUGAUUGUUCCAAAUUGCAAUUAUAGAACAGGAAAACCGCUCGGAUGGUGCGAUUAUUGGGGACUCAAUAAAACCGCAAAAUACAAGUUUUUCUUGUUUGGGAAUAGUUGGACGGCGAAUCAUGGAAUGUUGAUGUAUGACGAGUGCGGGCAAAAAGCUUACGCCAUGGUCCAAGGGUCCGCAUAUGGAUGUGAAGCUUUAUACCCAACUUACAACUCAUCGCGAUGCCAAAGAGAUUUGGAUGGUUUCAAAGAGAAUAUCGAGAAGGAGAAGCCUGAUUAUGCUUUCAUUUUCACAAGAUUUAUGUCAAUUGGUGAUCCGAUGAUUGAAAAUUCCACUAAAAUCGACUUCUCGAAAGAUGUGAUUUAUAAAAAGAUGAAGGAGAACAUGAAGUUCUAUCUGAAGCAUAUUAAGAAGAAUCUGUUCAUUCUCGACGCAAUUCCGAAAAUCAAUCGAGGCAACAUUCGAUAUAUUUCGAAAAAAAUGGAAGAAGGCGCCGAGCCGAAAGAGAUCGAUAAGAUGUUGGUCGUCGAGAAAGGCUACGAAUUGGCUCGAAAACGCUAUGCGCAAUUAUUCAAAGAUUGCGGCAAAAAGUGCGUUCAAAUCGAUUAUCUGCCCGAGUUUUGGGACGCCGACACCGACGGCGUUCGAUAUUUCGACGAGGACAACGGGCUCGUCUAUCAAACGGGCGUCAAUCAUCUGUCGCCGCACGGUCUCGAAAAAGUGCGCCACAUUUACACGGAGAUCUGCAAUCAGCUUUAG